UCACUUUGUUCGGUGGUGAUUCUCUUCCAUCCACAGCCUUCAAGUUCUGCUUAAAGAAACAGAGCCUUAAAGAAUCCAUUAGUCUCUUCACACUCUGCAGUAGAAGAAACAACGCUCAAAGAAACAGAGCCUUAAAGAAUCCAUGGAGAGCCUGAAAUCAUUACAUAGUUGAUACCGUGCAAUAAGGUGAUACGGGCUGCUCCUGCACAACAAACAAAGAAAUUUGCAGUAGCGGAGCUUUUAAUUUAAUGGAGGAAAAUGGGGAUGCACUGUCUCGCUAAAUGCUCAGGCAAAUGGAACAUAGGAGAGUUAAGCCGCUAGUUUUCACCAGAAGCGGGAAAUUUAGGCGGGAUUGAAGUUUAAUUUAGACGCCUGCCUCAUUAAUGUAGACAUAAAGGACACAUUUGUUUGCAUAAGGUCUGAAUGGCGUAAGAACCAAAACGACUGCGUAAGUUCGUGACAAAAUCAAGGAAACGUGCAAGAAAUCGCGGCUGGACAGCGUACGAUCAUGGGGAUGGGACAUUAAAAAACUAUUCCUCUGAAAAGUGUUCGCAGGGCUCAAUUUCAUAGACCUUCAAUGCAUAUCGUCAAGCCAUCUUCUGCAGCUGCACGGAAGCUCGUUCUUUCAGAAAGAAAGUCCUAUCGACGAAAACAAUUAAUUCGGAAAAUGUUUUCUGUGCGAUUGGUUGUGUUUAUUCCAUAAAUCAAUCUGUAGAAGAAGCUGUGAAGUCAUGAGAUCUUUAUUACCCAUGGCUCCAACGAAGCUGUUGUUGAUUGCUCUUCUCAUUCUGCAAUGUGGGCUUCUUCACUGUAGAGGCCAAAACAUAUUUAUUCUUGAACGGCCAAAGUUCCAACAAAACUUAGGAUCUGAUGGGCUUGACGAACCCAAUCUAGUGGAACUGCAAGAAUUUUUUAUAAGAGAUUUGGAAUCUGUUAGAGACAAAUCUUCCUCUGCAGAGUGUGAAGAGACUUAUGGGUUCUUGCCAUGUACGAAAACCGUUCUUGGUAACCUGUUUUUGCUGGGGGUAUAUGGAUUUUUGAUGUUCAAGGCGGCCUCCUUUCUGCUCGAUGGAAUUGAGCUUCUGUUGAAUGUCAUGGGUCCUGGCAUCGUGGGUGGCCUGCUUCUUCCAAUGCUUAGAGCUCUGCCUGACACCCUGGUUAUAUUGGUGUCUGGUAUAUCUGGAAGUAAGGAGACUGCUCAAAAACAAGUGCUCAUUGGAGUGGGUCUACUUGCGGGGUCAACUGUUAUGCUGCUCACAGCUUUAUGGGGCUCCUGUCUUGUUGUUGGAAAGUGUGAUCUUUCGGAAGAGUCAAAGGCAAUUGAUUCAAAAGAUACAAAAGGCCUCAGUCUCUACGGAUCUGGUGUCACUAUUGAUGAGACAACACGCAAAACCUCUUGGAUCAUGAUGGCAGCCAUAUUACCUGCCAUCACUGCGCAAAUCCCAUUGAUUUUUAACUUGAAAUCAGGAAAGCAUGUGAAUGUUUUGGUAGCAUGCAUUAUUUCACUUUUGUCAUUCCUGGUUUAUUGUGUAUAUCAGAUCAAGCAACCCUUGAUCCAGAAAAGGCUAUUGGCUUUUUUAAGACACAGACACAUCAUAUCAUCCAUUCUAGCCGCACAUCAUAAGCGUUAUGGAGGGCUUAUUAAGGAUAAUGGUGAACCCGAUAAGGACGUCAUUGAAAGAGUUUUCCGAGAACUUGAUGCUGAUGGAGAUGGACAUUUGACAAAAGGAGAGUUACGUGGUCUCAUCGUUGGUCUUGAAAUCGAUGCAUCGGAAGAGGAAAUUCAAGAGACUGUGAAUAGAGUAAUGUUAGAGAUGGAUGUUCAUCGAGACAAUCGCCUUACGAAAGAAGAAUUUACAGCUUGCAUGUGUGAAUGGAUUCAAAAUGCAGUUGAUAUACCUACUUUUCACAAGAAGAGCAAGGAAGAACUAGAUGCUUUGAUGGAUGAUGAUGAAGAAAGUGAACCUGUUGACAAUCAAUUCAAAGUCUAUUUGAAAGCUGGCUUGCUACUUGUGGGAGGUGCAGUUAUAGCAGGUGCCAUUGCUGAUCCACUCGUGGAUACUGUUGCCGACUUCUCUGAUGCCAUAAACAUGUCUCCUAUAUUCAUUUCGUUCAUUGCGAUGCCUUUGGCUAACUCCGAGGGCAUUUCAGCACUUACUUCUGCAAGCGAGAAGAAAAAAAGAACUGCUUCUUUGACCUAUUCUGAGAUCUAUGGUGCUGUGACAAUGAACAACACAUUGCGCAUGGGAGUUUUGUUAGCCAUUGUCUAUAUACGAGGUUUGGAUUGGAACUUUUCAGCGGAAUUAUUGGUAAUAUUAAUUGCAGUACUAGUGACAGGGCUCAUAGGCAGCAUCUACACCACAUACAAACUUUGGAUGGGUUUCAUUGGUUUUCUUUUGUAUCCUUUAUCCUUGGUCACAGUUUAUGUCUCUAUUUAUGUUAUAGGAUGGUCAUAAACAUAUAGCUUUCAACACAUACCUCCAAUCCAUGGGUACUCCUAUAGAAAGUGCACACUCAUGAAGUAUUUUGGUUUUAUCACCAUUUUUAUGUAGUUUUUUGUGCAUGAGUUGAAUCAUUAUGACCAUUAAUAUGCUUCAGUUUC